AUGCUGAACGAUCUACUCCUACUUGGGUUCACAGAGCAGACUCUGCCGGAAAGCUUGGCCAACUGCUAUCCUCACGCAUCCACCCACAUAGCCACUUUCCCCAACAUCAAAGCUUUGGUCGAGUAUCUCCUGUCUUCUCCCAACUACUCCUUGGUGAGAAACAGCACAGAUCAUGCACAGAUAGAGAGAGCCGACACUUCCUUGAUUGAGAAAGAAAUAGAUUACUCGGUGACGAUCGUCAUAAAUUCAAACCCUGCGUAUUACGCCCAGCAAAUCUCGGACUCAUCCAACACCUCACUUUCCUCCUUGAGCCUGAAAAACUUGUUGUCUCUACUCAACUAUAGGUUCCUCCAUUUGAACCCAAUAAUCCUCUCCCUUAAUUCGUCUGAUGAGAAUGAAGACGACAUUACCCACGUGUUUUCAGAGUUAUCCAUUGUGGAGAAUAACCUUUCGACCCGGCUGGCCAGAAUCAAAUGCUGGAUAGGCUUCAAUGACAGACAGUUCGACCAGUUGGACACCAUGAUAAACUAUUUGAAUCUAGAUUUCCCAGUCGAUAGUGAUAUGGCCCUCUUUACAAAAUUGUUGUCUACUGAUAUAGAUUACGAUAAGCUUCUUAUUAACCUAGAGUCACAUAAGGAUGAUGAAUACUACCUGAAUCUUAUUAAUAAGUGGGAAUUCAAUGCUUUUCACUUUAACUUAGAUGAACUACUCAAAAUGAGUCACGUCAUAUUGAAAUCAUACUCAAUCAAUGCUCAAUCCCAUUCGCAGACUUUGAGUUCUUUCCUUUUCUUUGUCAGGGACAACUAUAGAAUCGGAAAUCCAUUCCAUAAUUUUAGACACGCAAUAGAUGUACUCCAAGCAACGAAUUUUUUCCUAAACAUAUUGACCCGAGAUUCCAGCUUUAAGCUUUCCAAAUCAGAUUCAUUUGCUCUUUUAUUGGCUUCAUUGGGCCACGAUAUUGGACACCCGGGUAUUACAAAUGCAUUUCUAAUAAACACCAAGUCUCCGCUAGCAGCCUACUUUGACAAUCAUUCAAUUCUUGAAAAUUUCCAUAGGUUACAGUUCAAGAAAAUUUUAAUACCCUUCUUGGACCAAUCGAAAGACUUGUUUCCCGUUGACGGCAAUACCCACCUCAAAUACACAUUAAGCGUUGUGGAUAAUGCGAUCUUGGCAACAGAUAUGGCCAAGCAUGACGACUACGUGAAAGAAAUUUAUAAUCUAGAAUCGGAUUUCGACAACUUUAAACUUCUCUCCUGUAUUUUGAUCAAGUGUGCAGAUAUCUCCAACGUGUGCAGGCCGUUGAAUCCAAGUUGCAAGUGGGGACUCUCUUUAGGGGAGGAGUUCAAGCAAAUAAGUUGUUUAGAAGCUUAUUUCAAAUCCUCAACUCCGUCUCGAGAUCUUCUACAGGAUGAUCUCAUUGCUAAUAACUUUGGAAAACCAAUAAAAGAUAUGGACCUUCACGAGGGAAUCACGCUGGUAGAUAAUUUGAGCAACAAUCAGCUGUUUUUCAUCAACAGGUUUGCCAACGAUUUCUUCACGAAGGUCGCCAAUACCAUCCCACAGCUUCACUUCUUGGCGGACCACCUUAUCGAGAACGCUGCAUUCUGGGAAAGUGUAUGA